AUGACAGACGGCGCCAGCAAACCGGGAGCCACGGGGUUACUGCGGGAUGGGGGCAAAGCGCCGCAGAAAGUGGAUUUGGGGGGAAUACGACCCUUGAACGACAGGCGAAGGAUGAUGCUGACGGCCGUUUGCAACCCCCGGCACCAAAACCACCUCUUUUCCCCCCCAAAAAAACUCAGUACAUCAUUCCAGAUCGUGGACACCUUCUUUAUAGGCCGCUUCGUUCUCCUGGCCGUGAUGAGCCUGGUCGUGCUUGGGUGCCUGUUCCUGCUCCUGAUUUACCACCUCAUGGAGCCGGUGUACGCCAAACCACUCCGCAGCAGCUAG